CUCGGCAUGGCAGGAGUGAAGUAGCGCGGAUUUUCAGUACCGGUACAUCUCUUUAUUACUCCGCAGAACACAGACUGCUCGGUGGAACUAGCUCUUGAAUUCUGUCUGUUGUUUUAUAGCCCCGUUUCGUGCAGUCCCGCAAUGGCCGGUCCGGAAGACGGGAAGCUCCGAGGGCUGCAGUUCGCUGAGCAGCAGUUACUGCGGCACGGCUGGGAGCAGGGGAAAGGUCUUGGCAAAAGAGAGAAUGGGAUUUCCGAGGCCAUCAAAGUGAAAGUGAAAUGCGACAAAUCUGGGGUCGGGCAUCAUGAAGGAGAGCAGUUCACUUUCCACUGGUGGGACCACGUCUUCAACAAAGCCUCCUCCAACCUUGCUGUGGAGGCCAGUGAGGAGGGCGUGCAGUUGAAGAAGCUGGCCGAGGAAGAGGGGGGAAUCACCAAUAAGAAGCCGCGCAGAGCUGAGCUGGGCAAGGCCAAGCUGUACGGGCGAUUCAUCAAGUCAGCGACGCUGUUGUCGGGCGGAGAGCAGGCGGAGGAGAGAGCCGGGGACUCGGGGAGCAGCGACAGUGACAGCAGCGACGAGGAUGAGAAGCUGGACCUGUCCUCCUCCACAAAGUUAUCGGAUGCAGAUCUGGUGAAAGCGUGUGGAGGGCGCACGGCUCACAAAGGUGCCCGUCACGGCUUCAAGAUGAGCGCCAAGCUGGCCCGCCUGGAGGAGCAGGAGAGAGAGUUCCUGGCUAAAUACAGAGCGAAGACCCAGGAGCCGAGCAAACCCACCAACACAGAGACUGCCGGAGCACACCGCGAGAGACACAGCAAAGAGGAGAAAAACAGCUGCAGGGAAAGAGACGUUCCCACUCCUGACUCGGGAGGAGAGCCCGAGGACGGGAACGCAGAGGAGCUAGAGACAAGAGAGACGGGACGGUCGAAAAAGAAGAAAAGAAAAAAGAAACGGGCGAAGACUCUGGAAGAGGAAUUCCAGGGAGGUGCUGAGGAACUGGGGCCGGGGGAAGAAGGGAUGAAGAAAAAGAAACGAAAGAGAGAACGGCAGGAGGAAGCACUGCAGGAAGAAGUGACACCGCAGGAUUCGAAGAAGAAACCGAAAAAGAAGAGGAGCAAGGCACUGGAACACGAAUGACCUGCUCUUAAGAGAUAACCAAGGACCUGGAAAACACACAAACAUUCAACUGAAGCCUCCUGUGGUUUCCAGCUCAAGUCCAUUUUCCUGGCCAUUCACAGGAAGUUCACUUCCUUCCUGUGUUACAGGUUAUAGGACCCCACUUUAGCCUUACAUUCACAUUGUGUGCUAUAUGCAAAACACUGCUAGGUGUGGUCCUAGUACCUGCAAUAUGGGGCCCUUCCAUUAAACUCAUAGGUGUGCUUUCACAGACCCUUAUCACAUAGUCCAAGGUAGGCCAUGAUUAGUGUGGCUUGAAUCACAGUGAAAGAAAAAUACCAAACAGCCAAACAAUACGGGUCUGCGUGUUCCCAGGGUGAAGAUAAAAAGCUGUGGGUGUUACACUUUAAAAAAUAAAUAGCAAAAAAACAAUAACGGACUGUCUCCAGAAAUAACAGCAAAGAAAGGAAUCUGAAAAGCCGUGCUGGUUCCAAAGGGUUUAGCCAGGCAGAGAGAUUCAAUAACUGACACGCCUUUUUAAAACAGUCUCUUCCCUCUAUUUUACAUGACAAAGUUCACUAUUGUGUUUUUGGAAAAACCACAACCAUUCAUUAAUAUAUGUAAAAUAGGAGAGAGAAAGCUUUUUAAAGAUGAAUUUUUUUAAGAUUAGCAGUUUUGCUAAUGGACACCAGCUGUCGUUUGUAUCCAUUCAUUAUGAACUGUAAAUCAAUUGUAAAUUAUGUGUUUUUUAAAGAAUUGUCAGGAAGACUGAAGCUGUACAGUCCUUUGUUUGCAAUGUAUAAAGAUUGUCUAUCUCCUGAACAUACAUGAUUGAUUAUGAAAAGAAUAAACCACCCCACAAAAAAAGAA